AUGCUAUUCUACCAUCUCAUCCUCUGUCGUCCCCUUCUGCUGUUGCCCUCAAUCUUUCCCAGCAUCAGGGUCUUUUCUAGUGAGUUGGCUCUUUGCAUCACGUGGCCAAAGUAUUGGAGCUUCAACUUCAGUAACAGUCCUUCUAAUGAAUAUUCAGGAUUGCUUUCCCUUAGGAUUGACUGGCUUGGUCUCCUAGCAGUUCAAGGGACUCUCAAGUCUUCUCCAGCACACAAUUCGAAAACAUCAAUUCUUCGGCGCUCAGCCUUCAUGCUCCAGCUUUCUCAUCUGUAUAUGACUACUGGAAAAACCACAGGUUUGACUAUAUGGAUUUUUGUUGGCAAAGUGAUGUCCACGUUUAUUAGAGAAAAUGGGAGCUAUCAGAUUGAAAUUCCCUCAGCUUGCUCACUGAGACAGAGACUACCAUCUGCCCACCAAGUCCUCAUUUUCCUAAGUAACAAAGUCUUCCUUGAUUAA